CUAACAAAACAUUUUCUUUGAUACGGGGGAAAAAACAAGUCGACCCUGUGUCUAUCUCCCUGGCACAUAAAAGCUCCUGUAGAAGAAGUCCAACAUUACAUCGAAAAAACCGACAAACCACAUUACCCUUUGUGGAUAAUUUUGGACUAAUGUUUUGGAUGGUGGACCAGUGUCCGACGUCUUGGCUGGAAGAGGAAAGUCGUAUGAAGUGCAUUGAUACCUCAAAUACUAGCCUCACAGAGGACGCGCUCUUGUACCAGCCAGUCACCGACCCAGAUACAAUGAUAACUUUCAGAAACAAGUACUGUGCAACCUGUAAUGGUAUCAAGGAAGGCGGGGAACCGUGGGAACUCGUCGUCUAUUCCACUAAGAACGUACCAUUUGACUAUUUGCAAAUUGCAGCUCCUCGGAUUGCGUGUUAAAAAAACUUGACGAUGGCGGAAGUAAUGUUAUUUUCGAGCCAAAACCGGAAUGGCAUUUACGAACGUGCUUCAGGGAAGUUGGGGACGAUGCCUUCGGUCCUUGCAAGUUCAGUUUUAUCAAUGGAAGCGUGCGUCGUGUACCUCGUCCACUCCCCCUGCACUCAGCUUUACGAGAUGCCUGUAUGGCGUACAACAACCCCGUUGUCUUUGGCGGUGUUGAUAUCAGUCACAAGAACUUCCACUGUAUGGUGUGUUAUCUGGGUGAUUUUCUACUCUGUGAAGGUGAGUGGUAUGUUUAAAUAUAUAAGAAACGUCAUAUGUGAUCAAUUAGAACUGUACAUUCUAGGCGUGAAUAAUUUUCAUUAAGCUUACUUGCCUCCCUCGUAACCUCGGCGAGCAGGAUUGUGGAACCUUAGAAAUAAAAUACGCUUGAUGAGAAUGUCAUUUUUGUUUUCUUGAGGCGUAGUUUUGGCAUGUUUUCCCUAGAUAAAUGGUUUAAUUCAAUUUUGCCAAUAAUAUCACAAAGAAAAUGGCUAAAUGUAAUUGAUAUUGCCAAGAUUCAUUUUUUGCUGUGCGAUAUCUUUUGAAUCAAUUUAUUUUUGUGGACAUUACAUAGGUAGGUCGAAUUUCAGUUCAAAUAAGUUUUUUAUUUAUAAUCCGGAAAAAGCAAGCAUUGAUUUCAUGUUGACGGAAAACUGUCAUGAAUUACUGAGAAAAUUGCGUUUUUUUGUGGAGAUAUGAAGAAAGUUAUUAGCACUCUAAUAUAAGGUAUAUUAGCUUUUGCAGCUUGGGAUUGAGCGUAAUGUGUAACACUUUUAUAUAAAAACAGUCAGUGUUUAGAUCGAAGAUCUCUUUAAGUUACACGUACACGAGCUUGGAUUUAAACUUUUAAUAGUUUCUCAUACGACAAAAAUAAAAUCGACAUGUCAAGGGUUAAAUCGACUCAAUCACUCAAAAAAGCAUGAAACGAUGACCUUUGGCAUCUGUAUUGGUUAUAAUAUUUUAAAUCUUACGGUGGCCUUUGGUCAGGUUUUGUGGCAAAAACAUUGACUUAAAAUUCGCCUGUAAAUGUGAGCAUAUCUUAGGUCACAAAUGGCAGAUUAAAAAAAAAACAGCUUUUUAAAAUGUCUAAAAAGCCUUUUUUUAUGUUGGUAGAGGGUAAUUAACUAAUUGAAUAGCUACUCAAGGAGGCGUGUCAGACAAGAUGAUUACACUGAAUGCAUUUUAGCGAGAAUACCCCUCAGCAAUGGCGCAACCCAGCUGGUACGAUAUUUGAAUCUAAACGCGGUUGUAAAGCAAAUAAAUCUAGUUAUGUGAACUACAACAACUAGGCCGAUUGAAGAACACGUAGCUGUUCUUGUUUGCCAAGUUUACAUGCCCACUAACUAAUUAAAUUAAAUGUUAUAUUCAGAUCAGAAUUUCACACCGCCACCGGAAAGAUAUUUCGGUCUUUCUCUCCGCGCCCUAUUGUACCUGGGAGACCAAGACCAGGAACAGAGUGAUGACGUCAUGACUAGGCCUGUAAACCAGCAGAUAGUGUGCCCCCCUGGUUUUGUUCCUGGCCUCCAGGACUGCCGCCCCCUUAUGUACAAUGUCACUGUAAUACGGUCGAUCGUUUCCUUACAUUUUGAACCGUGUGGCUGGGUUCCAACACCCAGAGAUAGCUGUAGAGAUAUCCGAGGAGAUGCUCGAUUGGUAGCUGUACUGAGAGCUGUUCAGGCACGUAUUAAUAAGUGUGGUCAGAAACACGGCGCGGAUAACACGUCCAUCACUUUUGUCGUUGACACAAUGGUCACUCUUCGAGUGAGUCUAGCGCACUACGAGGAAGGUCGCAACGUUUUCGACCAAGCACAAGCAUGGAUGGAAAAUGCUCUGCAAAACGCGCAGUUGGAGAUAUCCGGACGGCCAGUGGGUAUACGUACAGGAUCGUUCUCCACCUGUACGAAGAACCCCACGAACCACAGCUCCGUGACGCCAUUUCAUGGAGCGUCCACGCUCUCAACCCCGAGGCAGAGCCGAGGAAAUGUACCUGUUGGUAAUAUUAGAGUUUGGUUGUUAAUGGCGCUGGUGGCAGCGGUGUGGGAUAUCUAUGGGUAAGACCGUAUAAAGAAUGAUAUAGGAUUGGGCACUACCUUGACUAAUCAAUCCAUAGAUGUAUAUCUAAGGUUUUUUUUUUUUUUU